AUGGCGUCCCUCCGGCAGCUCGAGUCCCCUUGUUUUGUCACUCCGCGCCAGAGGAGAACCAAAGAAGAUACUUGGAAAUCAGAAGAACUUAGGAAACAUCUUAGGGCAUCACAACUAGGUAGUCAAAAUGAAGACCAAAAGCACAGGGAAAAGAAACUGCAGAAAGAGAAGUCUGUUCGUGACACAGACACUCAUAAACAUGAACACAAAGACAGAGGGAAGAGCAAGGAAAGAACGAGAGAGAGAGAGAGAUUUAUAUCUGAGGAGGAGAAAACAAGAAGUGAAGAGCGAGAAAGAAGACAUACAGAAAAGAAGGAUAAUGAUACCAAAAAGAGUAUUGGCAAAUAUUUAGCCUACAAAGCUGAAGAAGGUGAACAUGUACACAAGUUACAGAAAGAUCUGGAUAAAGGGGGAGAAAGAAGACACAGAGAAAAAAAAGAAUAUUCCAUUAGGCCAGGAAAAGAGAGGCUUUCAAAAGAGAGGAGUCAUAAACGUUAUGAAAAGGAAGAGGAAGAAAAACAUAAAUCAAAGAGAUCUAAAGAGGGAUCUUCCCAUGGAGACAGAGGAGGACAACCAGCAGAAGCUAAUGAGAGAGUAAAAAGCAGAGAACAUGAAAGAAAGAAGCGUGAUCUAAGGAACAACGAAUACAAAAAGGAGGAGAGGAUUCAAGAAGAAAUGAGCCAUCAGCAUGUAAGGAUUGUAAAAGAUAAAGGAAAACUCAUUGAAGAAGAGGCAAGAGACACCAGACAAGAGAUUGAUCUGAGAAAUGACAAAAAGCAGCAACCAGAAAGACUGAAGUACUGUAGUCCUACUUCUAGGUGUCUGAUGACUGUGAAAAGUAAGGAAAUGAAAGAUACACACACCUAUAAUUCAGAUACAGGAUUUGAUAACUUUUCAGCAAAUUAUGAAGAUGAUUUUGAAGAUUAUGAAGAUGACUUUGAUGAUGAUGAAGACAAAAGUGGUGAAGAAGGAGAUGCAGAAGAAAACCUAAGAGAGAUUCCAUUUUCCAGAACAUCAGAAAUUGAAGAAAUUCGUAGAGCAAUUAGUGCAGAAAAUGAUAGAAUUUGUACUUCACUGCCAAAGAAAACUGAAAAUGAAAAAAAGGAACCAAUCAUGGAAAGGCAGUACACUUCUGUCAGAAACUCUUUUUGUGGAAUAUUCAUGGAUUUUCAAAUGGCAAACCAACGACAAAGUAGCCGAAGUAUGGCUAGUAAGCAGAAAAAACGGUAUUCAGAACUUCUCCCACUAAUUGAUCUGGACUUCUCAGUUAGUUUUUCGUUAUUGGAUUUGCCUCCUGUAAAUGAGUACGACAUGUAUAUCAGGAAUUUUGGUAAAAUGAACACUAAGCAGGCAUAUGUUCAGUGUAAUGAGGACAAUCUUGAGAGAGACAUUCAGACUGAGGAAGUUGAGACACUGGAGAAAUGGACACAGCAUCCAGGAGAAAGUGUCCUUGUAUCUGGAGGUGAAGAACACUUUAAUUUAUGGAUCCAGGAUAUGUCCGUGAACGGAGCUCUAACACCUAAAAUUGAUUCACAAAGAUUAGCAAAUUUCCUCCGGUCUGCUUGCCAGGUGAUUGCUGUUUUGAUAGAGGAAGAUCAAGUUGCAACACAACCCAGGUGGAAACUAAGAUCUCGACAAACCAGUCUGUCUAUUAGUGAUAGCUGUUUCCAGUUAAAUACUAACCAGCCAUUCCUCCAUGACCGAAAAAUAUCCUACCUAUAUGUCUCUCAAGUUCAGAGGCAGACACUACUUUCUGUUCAUGGAUUACCUGAAAAGGCAGGUGUUGGUCUACUGAACAGAAAGAGCAUCAUAUGCGUUUGGAACAUCUGGCAGCCCUCCAGUCCUCAGAAGGUUUUAAUAUGUGACUCAGAGGUGGUAUGUUGCUGCUUUAGUCCCAAUAAAACAACGUUCGUUUUUGCUGGAACAAUAGAUGGUUCAUUGCUGGUGUGGGAUCUUCGAGAAGACUCAAGAAUGCACCCUCAUGUGAUCAUCAGUGAAACUGGCUGGACAGUUAGAGUUCCAACAUUUUCCACUGACGGCAUUCUAAACUCAGUAAACCAUACCUCUCCUAUACUAGCAGUGGAACCUGUCUCAACCUCUUUCUACACUGAUCAGAAUUAUGGGCUUUCAAGCCUCUCUUAUCAGGAGGAAAUGUCAGGCUCUCCAUUUCAGAUCGCUUCAAUGGAUGAAAAUGGAAUCCUCAAUAUGUGGGUAGUUGUUGAAUUACAAAAAGUGGAUUUAGCUGGUUCACAAACUGAUUUAGGUUUAAUUCCUGGAGGGAAAGUGAAGUUAGUACAUAGCUCUACUAUGGAAUUGAAUAAUAGCCUCUUCCCAAAGGAUGUGCGCCAAAGAAUGCCCCAGACACUGACUAUUAAAUUUCUGUCUUCUAAUCCUAACCAUUUCAUUGUUGGAACAAACAUUGGGCUGGUAGGCCAUGGUACAAGACAUGAUUUAAAACUUUUUCCAAAGCUAUUCAGACCCCAGGAGAGCGGGCUGAGAUCAAUAAGCAUCAAUGCAAUUGAUUUCUUCCCUUUUGGAAAGCCACUAUUUUUGGUUGGCUGUUCAGAUGGAAGUAUUAGAUUACACCAAAUGACAUCAGAGUACCCCCUCAUGCAGUGGAAUGACAGCACAAAUGGCCAGCCAAUUAUCGCCCUGCAGUGGGCUCUAACAAGACCUGCCGUGUUUUUUGUACUGGAUGCAUCAUCUAAUAUUUACAUUUGGGAUCUUCUGGAAAAUGAUUUGUUGCCCGUGGCAAAGCAGACUAUUCCAUCAGAGAAUGUUGUAACUAUGGCUCUGCUGGGAGAACCAGAAAAAACAAAUGGACUGUUAGGCGUUGCUCUGGCCAAAGAAUCUGGACAGAUAGACAUUCAGUAUGUAAAGAAGAAGUGGGCAUUACCUCAGCCUGAGGAAUCUGAAAAACUACAGUUGCUUUUAUUGCAGUCUUUUUAGAAAUGGUACACCUGUCUGGGUGUACAAAUUAUUACAAAAUAUUUAGAUUUUUUUUGACUGCAAUUAAAAUAUUUGUAAUGUAAUUUUGUAUUUGUAUAUAACUUGUAUAUAUUUUAAAGAAUAUCAGUACAGUAUUUCAGCUGAAAACAUAUAUUUUACCACAAAAAAUGGCAGAAUCAAAUUUAGCAUUAUUGUAUUCAAAAAGAUGGCAAACUGUAUUUCAUUAUUGAAAGUACUCUAGUUGUAUAUAUUAAAAAAAAUACUGAAAAUAUAUUCCUGUAAAUUACA